CUGUAAACACGGCGCGUGCAACCACCAGGGAAAGUGCUGCCACGACCAGUGCCUGGGUGGCUGCUCGGAGCUGGGGAACGCCUCCAGCUGUGUGGCCUGCAGGAACCUCCAGCAUGGAAACGUCUGCGUGGACAAAUGCCCUCCUGGAUAUUACGUCUUCCAAGGCUGGCGCUGCGUCAGCUUCUCCUUCUGCCAGGACCUUCACAACCAGUGUAAGAAAUCGAAGGAUCUGGAUCCCAACUGUCAUGAGUACGUCAUCCACAACGGGGCCUGCAUUCAGGAGUGUCCUUCCGGAUACAGCAGCAACUCCACUACGUUGACGUGCGAACCGUGCGCGGGCCCCUGUCCCAAAGCGUGCCAGGGAAACAAGACGAUUGACUCUGUAACUUCAGCCCAGGCCCUCAGAGGAUGCACAGUCAUCGAGGGCAACAUGGUCAUCAAGAUUCGAGGAGGGACGAACAUAGCGGCCGAGCUGGAGGCUAGCCUGGGACAGAUCGAGGUCAUCAAAGGUUACCUGAGCGUGCGCAGAGCCUACGCCUUGGUCUCCCUCUCCUUCCUGCGAAAGCUGCGCGUCAUUAAGGGGGAGCAGUUUGAGGGAGACCACUACGCCUUCUACGCGCUGGACAACCAGAACCUCCGGCAGCUGUGGGAUUGGUCCAAGCACAACCUGACGAUCGAGCGAGGUCGCAUGUUCUUCCACUUCAACCCCAAGCUCUGCAUGACCGAAAUCAAGAAGCUGGAGGAGGUGACGGGAACCAAGGAGCGCAACCAGAACAACGACAUCUCUGUUCGCACCAACGGAGACCAAGCAUCCUGUGAUAUGAAGGUGCUGAACUUCACCCAGAUCAAGGUCAAGUCGAACAUGAUCAUUCUGAAGUGGGAGGCGUUUUGGCCGUCGGACUACAGAGACCUGCUGGGAUUCAUGGUUCUCUACAAAGAGGCCCCGUACAGGAACGUGACAGAGUUCGACGGGCAGGACGCGUGCGGCUCAAACAGCUGGGUGAUCGCCGACGUUGACCCGCCGCCUCGUCCCACGGACAAUAAGAAGGCGGAGGAGCCGGGUUACCUGGUCAAGGGCCUGAAACCCUGGACCCAGUACGCCAUCAUGGUGAGAACCCAGCUGUCUGCGUCUGACGAGCAUCAGGUUCAUGGAGCCAAGACGGACAUCAUUUAUGUCCGCACAAACGCCUCAAGGCCUUCUGAGCCUCUGGACCCCUUCUCCUCCUCGAACUCCUCGUCUCAGAUCAUCCUGAAGUGGAAGCCUCCCACCAGUCCCAACGGCAACAUCACCCACUACAGAAUCAUCUACCAAAAGCAGGCGGAGGACAGUGACCUCUACAAGUUCGACUACUGCCACCAAGGAAUGAAGCUGCCGUCCCGCACCCCGACCCACCUGGACAGCGAGGACGAGCACAAGUGGAACCAGACGGAGGAGCUGAACCCAGGGGGCCGGUGCUGCACCUGCCCACAGACCAAGCUCGAGUUAGAGAAGCAGCAGAAGGAGAUAGCGUACCGCAAGACCUUUGAGGAUUACCUCCAUAAUGUGGUCUUUGAGAGCAGGCAAAGCCGUCCGCGACGCUCGGUGGACAACCCCGAGCCCACCGAGUCCACCCUCUUCUACUCCACCAUGUCCAGCAUGCGGUUCGGCUUCACCACGACCUCGUCCGAGGAGGACAACGAGAAGGAAGAGAGAUCCGAGGUGGUGGUAGAUGUGUUUGGAAAGGAGUCAACAGUCAUAUCCAACCUGCACCACUUCACCAGCUAUAAGAUACAGAUCAUAGCCUGCAACCAUCCCACGGACAGCCUUCGCUGCAGCUUGCCUACCUAUGUCAGUGCCCGGACCAUGCCGGAGCAAAAAGCAGAUGACAUCCCGGGCCAAGUGACCCAUGAGAUCGUGGACACCGAGCCUCCCCAUGUGGUUGUCCGAUGGAACGAGCCUCCCUCGCCCAAUGGCCUCAUCAUCCUUUAUGAGGUGUACUACCAGAAGGUCGGGGACGCCGAGCGCCACUCAAUCUGUGUGUCACGAGAGAACUACCAAAGGAUGAACGGCACCAAACUGGUGCUGGUGCAUCCUGGGAACUACAGUGUGAUCGUGCGGGCUACGUCCUUGGCUGGAAACGGAUCGCAGGCGGAAACCACCUACUUCUUCUUGCCCAGCCCUGAUACAGGUUUGGUCUGGAUUGUGAUCGGUCCGGUCAUCUGCUGCAUCAUGCUGCUGUUCGUGGGAGGCGGCAUCUGUUUUAUGAUCAGGAAAAGGCAAUCCGAAGGUCCGCUGGGAGAUCUCAUCACCUCACCGAACCCCGAAUACUUCAGUGCCAGUGACAUGUACGUUCCUGACGAGUGGGAGGUUCCCCGGGACAAGAUCAAGCUGCUCAGGGAGCUGGGUCAGGGCUCCUUCGGCAUGGUCUACGAGGGAAUCGCUCAGGACAUCGUCAAAGGAGAGCCGGAGACGCGCGUAGCCGUCAAGACGGUCAACGAGUCGGCCAGCCUCAGGGAGAGGAUUGAGUUCCUGAACGAAGCUUCGGUCAUGAAGGCCUUCAUCUGUCACCACGUGGUUCGUCUGCUUGGAGUGGUGUCCAAAGGUCAGCCAACGCUGGUGGUGAUGGAGCUGAUGACGCACGGCGACCUGAAGAGCUACCUGCGCAGUCUGAGGCCGGACUCGGAGAACAACCCGUCGGGCUGCCCGCCGCCCACUCUCAAGGACAUGCUCCAGAUGGCGGCAGAGAUCGCCGACGGCAUGGCCUACCUCAACGCCAAGAAGUUUGUGCACAGAGACCUGGCGGCAAGAAACUGCAUGGUGGCCGAGGACUUCACUGUCAAGAUCGGAGACUUUGGGAUGACGCGGGACAUCUACGAGACGGACUACUACCGCAAAGGAGGAAAGGGUCUGCUCCCCGUCAGGUGGAUGGCGCCGGAGUCUCUGAAGGACGGCGUGUUCACCGCCCACUCGGACUGCUGGUCUUUUGGGGUGGUGCUGUGGGAAAUCAGCACGCUAGCAGAGCAGCCGUACCAGGGUUUAUCCAAUGAGCAGGUUCUGAAGUUUGUUAUGGAUGGAGGCUUCCUGGACCGACCCGACAACUGCCCAGAGAGGAUGCACAGCCUGAUGCAGAUGUGUUGGCAGUACAACCCCAAGAUGCGGCCGACGUUCCAGGAGAUCAUCGAGAUGCUGCGGGACGACCUGCACCCGACCUUCCAGGAGGUCUCCUUCUUUUACAGCGAGGAGAACAAAGUCCCCGAGACGGAGGACUUCGACCUGGACCUGGACAACAUGGAGAGCAUCCCGCUGGACCCGUCGUCUUAUUCCCAGCGGGAGGAGAGCUUAAGCAGAGACAGCGGGCCCUCGGUGGCCCUCAGGGGGAACUACGAGGAGCACGUCCCCUACACACACAUGAACGGUGGCAAGAAAAACGGAAGAAUCUUAUCGUUGCCCAGAUCCAGUCCUUCCUAACGGCUCCUGUCCCCCUCCCUCCCCCCAGCUUCCCUAAAAUGACUAGUAACCCUCCUCCUCUCUUUCAGCCCGUCUUUUCCGUAACCUGCAACUGUUUUCUAAUGAUUUUCUUAUUCUUAGAGAAACUCUUCGAGGAAAAAACAAAAACAAAAAAGGAAAAAAAAAAAAAAACAACACACCCAGAUCUCAGGAUUUUGAAUUUUCUUCCUCAUGGCUGCCAAACCAAGGCAAGCAAAGGAUGCAAACGCCUCUUUUUACCUUGCUCCACGACACAUCAGACUUUAUAUUACCCAAAUCUGCGGUAAUAGGUUAGCACCGCGUUUCCAGGACUCCUUGUGACGGAAAUGACAACGGGGGGAAAAAAAACAAAAAAUCAAAACUGUGAACACAACAAACCUUAGACAACCAAGAAGGCUGCUCGACCUUGACAACCCCCAUAAAAAAAAAAAACUCUCCCGCCGAACUGCAUUUUCCACUCUUCUGUCCUUUUUGCCUUUUUUUUGUUUUAGUCUCUCCAAAUGAAAUGUUUUUACUCUGAUGGUGGCCUUUUUUUAAAAAAA